AUGGUGCGUAUAAAGCACCGCUACCUUCUAAUACAAAUUCUCUACCCAUCCUUACAAACAAGUAAUCCUGAGGCUCCUGAUUCGGUCCUCUUUCAUGCGCCUACUGCUCCUCACAUAACGUCCUCAACCUUGAUACACCUCCUGCGCACACAGGUUUCCCUCCUCUUUGGCGACUACGGCUCCGGCGUGCUUGCUGCUGGCUUCUCCAUCAAAUACUUCUCCAAUGCCACAUCUACUGCAAUUGUUCGAUGCCCGAGAGCCCAUUACCGACUUGCUUGGGCAGCUCUGACUUUCGUCACUGAGCUACCUGGUGCAACCAAAGGGCCAACAGAGGGAGAAAGAUGUGUCUUCCGCGUGGUAAGAGUCAGUGGGACGAUCAAGAAGGCGGAGGAGGAGGCAGUCAGACGGGCGAGAAGGAUGAUAUCUGCCAUUCAGGGAGACGGAGAAAACACGGGGACAUUACAGGCUGUCUUCGGUGCUGAGGAUGAACAAGGGAUCGAAGAUAUCAACGCGGAUGACGUGGAAAUAAGCGAUGAAGGCUGA